AGAGUGGCGAGCGAGGCAGCGAGAGCAGAGCAGAGCAGGCGACGCCGGCCACACCACAGCCCACGCCACCAUCAUAACCCCACGCUCCACUCCGACCUCCGUCGCGCUCCAUUUUCAAACCCGCCACUUCUCCUCCUUGCUCGCCGUUCGCCCGCAUUCCCACCAAAACCCACAUGUCUCCCACCGCCACCGCAUCCCCCGCGCCGGCCGCCGACGCGGCGCCGAAGCCGCCGCCCUCAGGAGCGAAGCGCAGCCUGAUGGGGUCCCUCAUCGACGCGACCUCGCUGCUCCGCGCAGCCUCCUUCAAGGAGGACUCAUACGUGGCGGCGGCGCUCCCGUCGUCCGACCUCCGCGCGCUGGCCGACCUGCGGGCGCUCCUCGCCACCCACCCGGACCCAAUCUCCAUCUGGGGCGUGCCCCUCAACCCGCCCCCGCCCCCCACCAACGCCGACGGCUCCACGCCCGCCCAGGCCCCGGACGAGCGGGCCGACGUGGUGCUCCUCAAGUUCCUCCGCGCCAGGGACUUCCGCGUCCGUGACGCGCACGCCAUGGUGCUCCGCUGCGCGGCAUGGCGCGCCGAGUUCCGCGCAGACGCGGUGGUCGACGAGGACCUCGGGUUCAAGGACCUGGAGGGCGUGGUCGCCUACAUGCACGGCUGGGACCGCGACGGGCGGCCCGUGUGCUACAACGCGUACGGGGUGUUCAGGGACCGGGAGAUGUACGACCGGGCGUUCGGGGACGGCGACCGGCUCGCACGGUUCCUCCGGUGGCGCGUCCAGGUCAUGGAGCGCGGCGUGCGGGCCCUCCAGCUCCGCCCCGGCGGGGUCAACGCCAUUAUACAGGUCACCGACCUCCGGGACAUGCCCAAGCGCGAGCUCCGCGCCGCCUCCAACCAGAUCCUCUCGCUGUUCCAGGACAACUACCCCGAGAUGGUCGCGCGCAAGGUGUUCGUGAACGUGCCUUGGUACUUCUCGGUGCUCUUCUCGAUGAUCUCGCCGUUCCUCACGGAGCGCACCAAGAGCAAGUUCGUCAUCGCAAGGGAGGGCAACGUCGCCGAGACGCUCUUCAAGUUCAUCCGGCCUGAGCUGGUGCCGGUGCAGUACGGCGGGCUGAGCCGCGCGAGCGAGCUGGAGAACGGCCCGCCCAAGCCGGCGUCCGAGUUCACCAUCAAGGGCGGCGAGAAGGUGUUCCUGGAAAUCGACGGCAUUGAGGCCGGCGCAACGAUCACGUGGGACCUGGUCGUCGGCGGCUGGGAACUGGACUACGGCGCGGAGUACGUCCCGGCGGCGGAGGGCAGCUACACGCUCUGCGUCGAGCGGACCAGGAAGGUCCCGGCGACCGCCGACGAGCCCGUCCACAACGCAUUCACGGCCAAGGAGGCCGGCAAGAUGGUGCUCUCCAUCGAUAACUCCGGCUCCCGGAAGCGGAAGGUCGCCGCAUACCGCUACUUCGUGCGCAAGCCGUCCGCGUAGGCUGGCCUACUCAACCGCGGUGGCGGCCGGCGGCUUGCCGGCCGGCCUAGUGCUUUGCUUCAUUUCGCUGGUCUCGGAGAGGAGAGAUCUGAUUUAGGUCUGUUUGAUUAGUAGUGCUAUAAUAUGAGAUAAGAUGCAUGUAUUAUGCCAUAUGUAGAAUGUAAGCUGUGAGAUCCUACUUGUCAUCUUCGUUAUAAAGCUAAUGAGUUCAGUUUUUUGGCAA